UAACAGAUGCAGUUUAUGUUGCUUUUUAGUCGUCAGGGAAAGCUUCGACUGCAGAAAUGGUAUGUCCCACUAUCAGACAAAGAGAAGAAAAAGAUUACAAGAGAACUUGUUCAAACCGUUUUAGCACGGAAACCUAAAAUGUGCAGCUUUCUUGAGUGGCGAGAUCUGAAGAUUGUUUACAAAAGAUACGCUAGUCUGUAUUUUUGCUGUGCUAUUGAGGAUCAGGACAAUGAGCUAAUUACCCUGGAAAUAAUUCAUCGUUAUGUGGAAUUACUUGACAAGUAUUUUGGCAGUGUGUGUGAACUUGAUAUCAUCUUUAAUUUUGAGAAGGCUUAUUUUAUUUUGGAUGAGUUUCUUUUGGGAGGGGAAGUUCAGGAAACAUCCAAGAAAAAUGUCCUUAAAGCAAUUGAGCAGGCUGAUCUACUGCAGGAGAAAACAGAGAAUAUGUAUCACAGCAAGAGUUUCAUUGGGUGUAAGAAAGCGUACUAGAAUACGUGCUGGAGUACUGACAUGCAUCAAAAUGUAGUAGGAUCUAUGAAUUCAGUUUGUACUUAUAAUUUUGUCAAGUUUGUUAUUUAUAUUUUAGCAUUACCUGAAAAGUUUAAUUACAUUAAAUCCCAAGGGAUAGUCCCAGUACUUCCUUUAACUGAUCUUUUCAUAGGGAAUUUUACUCUGAUAAUGAUCCAUCAUUGGGACUUACAAUUUAUUUUUUUACACAGAGAAUACUGAAAUAGGUUCAGAGGUUCAUUGACAAAAAAGUAUUAUUAAAUACUGUGAAGUACUAAUGUCAUUGGUACAGAAAUAGAUAAAUAGGAUUCCCCUAUGAAAAUGAGAGCUUCUCUAAGAAAGUGAAGCAUUUGGGUUUAUUACUACUAGUAUUAUUUUAACUUGCUGGUUCAUGCCACUGUAUUCUGAGUGGGGGAAAAAAGGCAAAACUAUCUCUUUUUAAACUGUUUUAAGAAUUAUCUGAGGAUUAAAAUUUAACUGGCGCUUCUCAGAUACUUUUGUAUUUAAUGGUUAUUGUAUAAGGGAUCUGUUACAUAUUUGAACAGUUUACAUGACUUUGUAGCCUAACAUUUCAAAAUGCCAACUUUAGUGUUAAAAUGAGGAUAUUUUACAAGCCCUCAAAUGAGCAGUUUUAAACUUUGAGUCACAAGCCUUUUGGCAGGGGUAUAAUCCCUUUGAGAGUCCGAAGAGCCAUGGGCCCUCUUCUCAGGAAAAUCUGUAUGUAAUUUUGCCUCUAGGGGAUUCUUCGAGUCCCUAGAAAUCCAUCUCUGGACACUCUCGGGUCAGUUUAAAACCUCACCUCAGGUUACCUCGUUGAUAUGAGAAAUCUCUAUUUACAUACAUUUGUAGGCAUAGACAUCUAACAAAUCUUUUUGGAGAGUUCUUUAAAAUCUAUCUUGAGGAUUAUUUUAAAAAAUAAUAUCCUAUACUCUGGUUUCUCUUCAGAUCGCAUAAAUCUUUCGCCUUUUAGUAAAAAAUAAUAUCCUUAGUCUCAAAGGCAUAGUCUUUGGAAUUUUUUUCAAGCUAAGUGAACCAUUAAAGACCUCCAUUGCUACUUAAAAUACCAAAUGGGUGACUACUUCUCCACUUUUUCUUGGCAGAGAUUUUCCUUUAGGAUCUGUAGAAGAGUUUAUGGUCACCAAAGGAUGUAAUGAUUUUCAUUAAGGGAUUAAAUUCCUUUACUUUGUGUAAUAAAAUCCUGAUAUACUUGAAGGCUGGCGGGAGGUAGUAUUCUAAUAGAAUUUUCAGUUAACUCAGUAUUGACCAGACGAUUUUACACUGAAAAUCUUUUCAGCCUGUUAGUAACAGUGCUUUUGGAUUUUGUAGGAUAUAGGUCAUUUUGAUUUAUCAUUAUAUAAAGUUACUAAAAGAAAUUGAAUCGGAACUCCUAAGCACUGUUUAGAAGUUAAAUGUUCAGACAUAAACCAAAGAACAAAAACAAAAAUUUAAGUUUCCUUUUCUUUACUGUGCACUAAACAUUCUAGAAAUCUGAUUGUGUCUGUCAGUUUGUAUACUGUGUAAGAAUGUAUGCAUUUCUU